CUCCCCUCGUCGAGAUGCUCGACCCUAAACUCAACCCCACAACUCCAUUCAGAAUAUGGAAAGGCACUGAAUAUGAUGCUCUUUAUCAGUACACGAAGCUAUUGGGAGUAGUUUUGACGGAUGUUCCGAUUUACAAGGAGGCACAAACCACGUCUCUGGAGACUAUAGUAGAGAGAUUGACCAUCAUCCAAGGUAAAAUAGGUAUGUUGAGCUAUCAAGAUUUAUGGAUGUUGGCUGAUAUCCUGAUAGUCGAUCUGAAGUCGGCGACAUUAGCGCGGACAAGGGAUGACUUAGACUAUACCGACGGUGCUUCUGCUCAAGACAUCCAAAAUGUCAUCCGCGAGACACCGAGGGGGCGCGGUGACCUGCAAGUGGCCAGCAGUUAUCAACCACGGCGCUCAAUGAGCUCUUUCAGAGAUCAAGAUGAAGCUACAGGGUCGAUAUUUGAUGGACCGGGAUCAGUAACAAUACCAAGCAGUGUAACAGGUCUUCGAAGGUCAAGGACGCGGAGCUUUCUCAGUCGUUCCCGCAGGAGUAGUCAUGCUUUCGAGUCGAGCUCACAAAUUUCUGACAGAGACAUGUCGAGGCCCAUACUCAGCAGACGCGGAACUUCCACAAGCGCUAAUGCAGAUGCCGUGGUGGACUCUGAUCAAGAAACAAGUUCUCCAAUAUCAGACAGAAGAAGGGGUCGAAGAAAGAGAAACACGGACGAAAAUGACAAUCUUAUCUCGCCUGGUGAGGAGAGUGCGCGGAGAACGUCAAUGUUUGGGAAUCUCGUGAGCUUCUUUGGCCGGAGAGAAUCUCCGUCGAGGCUAUCCCAGGGCAGUAGAUCACGCAGAGGAAGCAUAGAUUAUGCCCAAAGCCCAACGGAAGAUGAGGGAGAGGAUCGCUGGGGUUAUCAUUCAAGCGAAGAGGAUGCAUCAGACGAGGACGCGACCUCUUUGCCCGGAAGUCUUUACCCAGCAAGUAGUAGAGGAAGCCAUUCUCGACCAUCUUCUCCUGUUGCAGCAUUCCCAGGACUGGGAAGAGACCCGAUUUUUGGAGACACGAGAAUUGACAUGACUGAUGUUUCGACUGUCAAGUCAUUGCCCAUUACCACUGGCCCUCCUAGCCAUCAGGAUAUUUACCUUGAAGAUGAAGACCUCAAAAUCCGUGUUAUAGGAUAUACGCUUGUGCGAUGGCGUAAAUGGCUGUGGGAUAUCAGCACUCUAUGCUCUCUAGGAUUGUUAGGUCUCGUUGGUUUAUGGUUCCCCGAGCUCUGGCUUCGAUGUACAGCAAAACGCCGACCAUUUUUAGAACGUGAGACGAAUCUCGUUGUCGUCGAGAGUCCGACAACCGAUAUCAUUAUUUCCUAUGUUACCACUGUAGAUUACCCUUAUCCAUACUCUCAGACGUUUCGUGAAGUAGAUCCGGGGUCACAGACAACCUCUUCCAACCAUGGUACAAGACCAUCCUCGGUGAUAAAGCUUUCUACGCUUGCUACUAGCGCCACACAGGACGAACGAUCGUAUGAAGAGACUCUUACAAAACUAAAGAUAUUUGAAUAUCGAUACACUCGUUAUAUACUGGAUCCACGAUCUGGAUUUUGGGUCAUGGUCAA